AUGACAGCAGAUUCAGGACUAUCUGUGGUAUAUCAGCCCAUAGGUGAACCAGUAAUUGACAUCAUUCUGAUCCAUGGACUGCAAGGCCAUCCAUUCAAAACAUGGGCCGGCGAGGUCAACCCAGCGGGUACUUUCGGCGGCAAAAGUCGAUGCAGGGGAGGGGACUUCGUGGCAAUCAAACAGCCAGGGGGGCAGUCAGUCCGCAUCAACGAUGAAGCGGUUCCUUUCACGCAUGAAGUCUACUGA